UGUUUUUUUAGGCGGAGAAAAGGGCACAUCACAAUGCCUUAGAGCGGAAGAGAAGAGACCACAUCAAAGAUAGUUUCAGUAUGCUAAGAGAUUCAGUACCUAACCUACAGGGUGAAAAGGCAUCCAGAGCGCAGAUUCUUAAUAAAGCAACAGAUUACAUUGAAUUCAUGAGGAGGAAAAAUAACUCGCAUCAAACCGAUAUCGAUGACUUGAAAAAGCAAAACCAAACGUUAGAACAACAAAUUCGUCUCCUGGAGAGGUCAUCAACAGGGGAAGUAGCUAAAACCAAUGGCAUCAUUCUUAACCAAAAAUUAUCUCACUACGAUGCCGGUUCCGACUCCGACACCGACAAUCAUCCCAAAUCAGGUCACAAGUCCCGCAAACGCUUAAAAAAUGACAGCUCAGGGAGUUCGAAAUCUAGCAAAAAGAAGCACGAUUCAAGGUGAUCGUAUUUAGUCCUCGAUUUUUAUUCACAUAAAUUUAUACACUUGUUGUUUUUUAAAGAUUUUUUUUUUUAAAGGAGCAAUCAUUUUAUUGUAUUGUUCAUAUUCCUAGAACCUUGUGGAUUUCCCAUGUGUUGUCUGUCUUAUUUUGUGAAUGACAAUGAUAUCAAAGCAGGAAUGUGGAGAGGUGUUGAGUAAACUUUUCAAAAGCUGAACUAGAUGGGCCGGUAUACAAGAAGUGUCUGUACAAGAUGUGGAAAUGAAGCCCUAAUAUUGAAUCCACCAAGAAAUUACUUAGUCUCUUUAAUUAAGUCAGAACUCACAGGUCUGUAUAUCGCACUUUGGUUUAAUCAAACAUUGAGAUAUAGUUAAUAACUUUCAACUAUGGAUAGUCAGAUGUGAAAUGACUCUAAGGGGAGAUGUUUGCAUUAUCAGUAAAAAUCAUCUGGAAAUAAGAGAUACACAUGUAUUUUCUUCCACAAAUUAUUAAUCCAGGGUCCCGUAACAAAAAGGUUAGCAAUUGAUUGUACGCUUGAUUUUUAUGAUUGAUUGUACAUAAUUAUAGUCAAUGCAAUCAAUCGUAGCAAAAUUUUCUACGAUCAUUGCUAAGCUUUGUGUUACGGGGCACUGGUGGGUGUUUCAUAAAACUGUUCGUAAAAUUUACGAACGACUAUUAUGCUUGACUGGAACAUGUUCUUAGGUCAUAACUCAAUUACAUAGGGAUAUCACAUAGCACAAGAAAGGAUCACCAGUCAUGCGUAAUGUCAUUCGUAUCUUACGAACAGCUUUAUGAAACAACCACCGGGUGGGUGGUUCAUGAAGCAGUUUUGAUGAACUUUAUUAAUGACUGGUGAAUGUUUCUUCUGAGCUAUUAAAAUCAACAUCAAUUAAAAUCUGGUGUUUAACAUUUACCACAAGAAAGGGUCACCAGUCACACAUCAAAUGUCUUGUAACUUAUGAUCAGUUUUAUGAAAAGGCUUCCAGACUUGUGAUUGACAGAAAACAAAAUACAGUAUGAAUGAACGUUUAACACCAUUGGCAUUCCAUAGUUAAACUACAGAUCUAUAGUCUAUACCACGGUUCAAGUUAAUCUGAAGUUCAGAAAACAGGUCGGGGGAAGCAAGUUGAGUCCAUUGGUCUAAAUGAUUGCUUUGAGGGGGUACUAAGAGAUAUUUCAUAUAUAGGUUGAAAAUCAGGUAUGGUUUAGAAUAUGAUUACCCAUUUUGAAGUAUCGGCUGUCUUGAGGUGUUGAUUAUCUUGGUUAAUAGUUGCAUGUAUGUGGUUUAAGAAUGAAGGAAUUAACGUAAAGGUAAAGAGCACGUUAAGUGAUCUGUGAUUGAUAUACAAAAUGGAUAGAGAGAUAGGAAGAGAUUGUAUUCAGAGGAUGUAUUGUUCCACUCCAAAGACCUCUUAGGAUACAGUGUGUUAAACAGUGCACAUGACUGCCAUGGUUUCGUAAAGUCUUGUUCAGAUAUGGUAUGAGAAAGACUAGCAAAAUUUCAGUCAAUGGGAUAUGUAAGAUGAACAGAACUGAAACAGAUAGGAGAGACUUUUUUGUUGCCUUGCUUACAUAGAAAUGUAGAAUUUUCUGAUUCAAAUUUUAAUCGCAUUUGCGCAGACAGAAUCAUGAUUUCUUAUACACCUGACAUUAGAUGUCACAAGAUAUCUGCGCAUCUUUUGAAAACUUUAAAUAGUUGAAGCAUGUAAUGCACAUUGGGCAAUUUGUCUCACCAUGUGUGAACACCAUACACAAAUGUUGCCGAGCUGGGUCUUACUAUAUCUGAACGAGGCAUAUUGUUUAGUCCCAUGACAUUUGCUCCGGUGACAAUUGCUCUGGCUACAAUUGCUCUGCUCAAAAUUCCCACACUAAUCGAAUAACCAACUUAAACCCUGGAUUUCACACUAUACCUUACCCUAAACCUAACCCUACAUCUUAGAAGAAAUUAAGCCUGGAGCAAUUGUCGCAGGAGCAAAUGUUGUGUUACCAUUGUUUUAACCAAUUUACUGACCAUUGACUUCUAAUUCUAUAUUAUAUAAAGCUGGGUAAUAUGAGGGGCAUUUCAUUACGUAUGUUGUCAGUGAUUUUCACUGACAAAUUUGCUCUCAGCUAAUCGGAUGCAAGGGUUUUAAUAGCUCAUAAACAGUUUUUAGUGAAAAUGAUUGACAAAAAAGCAUCUCGAAAGGCUCCCAAUAUUACAUACUUGCUGAGUUAAUGGCAUUUAGACACAGGGAUAUUCCAAUGCUAUUCACUCAGCUACUUGUAUGUGAUGUAACAAAGGAUACUGUAGGUAUAAUGUGUACAAAAUGAGAUGUUGGCAAUAAAAGACUGCUGCAUAUUUGAAUGAGGAACAAUAUAAGGGACCUUUCUCUUAAUGUAAUCCUAUUGAACUUGUUUGUUCUGCAAAAUUUAAAGAAAAAUGUAAAGCAGAUUCUAUGCUAUAUUUUCAGAAGCCAGAAAUAUUGCUACAAGGUCGUCAUUUGCAGUAGGCUAUGGAGAGCUUGGAUAGAACCCACUCUAAAUAGCAUAUCAUUCUGAAUGGCAAUGGUAUACAUUUCACAUUCUGAUCAUCAAACUACAGGCCCCUUUUCCUACAAUUUUUUUUUUUUAAAAUAAUCACAACUGCUCAGUUUAGAUGAUACAUUUGAGCAUAAACAAUGAAAUAGCAUUAUUUCAAUAGGUAUUAAUGAUAUGUAACAUUAAUCAUGUGUCAUUGAUAAAAUUAUGAGAAUGGGCCUGUUGUUUAUGACAUGUGAAAGGAUUUAUUCAUAUCUUGGGCCGGUAACACAAAGGUUAGCGAUUGAUCGUAUGAUUGUACAUUGUGGUCAUUGCAAUCAAUCAUAAAGAUACUCUUCCACAAUGAUUGCUAAGCUUUGUGUUAUGGGCCCCCGGUUUACUUCUCACAUUUAGUUGCAUUACAUAUAUGAAAAAGAUCUAUACUGAAUGGAACAUGAAGGUAUUAUUCCCAUUUUUUUUAAACACUGGAUUGUCAAAAGUUUUGUGGAAUCAUAUUGAUUAGAUGACUAUAAGUAGAAUUAUUUGAUUAGUAUCAUAUUUUGUAUGAUAUUUAGAUAAAAUAGUUUUGAAUUGAUGGAGAUGAGAUUUAUUAAGAGUAUUUAUUAAAAGUGGAAGGAGAUCUGGUGUCUGAUAUUAAAAAUGAUUUGAAUAAAACUGAUACCCCCUAUAAAAUAAAUUUGAUGGAAUUGGGAAGAGUAGAUAGGGAUGAAGUUCAAGUUUUUUUUUUGGUGUACACAUACAAAGAUCUUACAAGGAUUUGAUUUGAAUAGGUAAGAAUAUGAGAAACGAGUGUAUUUAAGAUUUGUUUUUUCUUCUCCCUCCUCUAUCCUUGAAAUUACUAAGCUUGCCUAGGACAUUGGAUAUGUUUGGUGUAAUGUCUCCUGAAAACAAAGAAUGUUAUCUAUUUUUGUAUGUAUUUAUUUGCUAUGCAUUUCACAAUAUUUCAUUUAUUGCUUUCUUCACACAUUCAUUGGAAUAAUUCACAAAAUAAAUAUUUUGGUUGUCGAACUUGAUAGUGAUAUUUAAAGAUCGGCAAUUCCAACAUAUUUUCAUAGACUUUUGUCAAUUGUAAAUGUGAAAAAAAGAUUUGAAUAAGUGGUCUUUUCUGUAUGGAAUAAUCAGAUUGGAAAAGAGGUUUGCAAGCUAAUAUUUUAUUCUUUUGUUGAAACUAGUAACAAAACAAGAUUUUGAUAAUGUUAAAAAUGAAAUCAACCAGUGUACAGUUAACCAUUAACUUUGUCCUUCAAUAAUACUCAAAUAGUACAAUUGUGAAAAUGAUCAACCCUGUAUUUGGUUAAUUGGUGAUCUUUUUAGGGGGUUCAAUAUGUUGUUAACCAGUAAUACAUAUUUCAAAUUGUCUAUUGGAGCCAAGUUAUGGAGGUGAUGUAAUUUACUAUCAGUCGCACACCAAAUGACUUUCGGGAAAAUAAUGGACAUUUUUGUUAUUGAGUAUUAUGGUACGUGUAUGUUGGCAAACUUGUAUCUUAUGUGGAUGAGUUGAUGCAGAGAUUCUCUUUGUUACAAAUCAAAAUAGUUUUUUUUAAUGUAAAAACCUCUAUAAAUUACUUGUUAUUCCAAGUAAGUAUUAAAGGAAGUUUGACGUAAUGAAACUUUCAGAAAGAAGAUUUUUUUUUUGUUCUGUUUUGUUUAUGCAUUGAUGCUCUUGGAAUAGAUUAUUUAUGAAGAUGAUCAUAUUGAUUUCCUCAGUCUCAAUAUGUAUUUUAUGUGGCAUUUUACGUUCUUAAAUGAAUUUUUAUCAUUAAUUUUGCUUAUCAAAUUGACAUUGUGAAUCAACAUAUCAGCAUUUAAAUAUAAUUUGAAAAUUUCAGGGAAUAAGUGUUUAACUUGUGACUGCUGGUAUAAAAGGAAGAAUAUAUGCAUCAGUACACCAAUACAUUUUGAUUUUGUUCAAGGAUAAAUGCAUAGGACUUUCUUAUGUAAGAAAUUGUGUCUGGUUGGGAUGAGAUGUUUUUGUUGAAUUUUGUUUGUCUUUGUUAUGUUUUCCUACAUUGUACCAGAGUAUUUAAGAUGGUAUCGAUAAACCCUACAAACUGUAUUGAAGAAAGGGAUUUAACAAGGAGAAUAAUUAAUGAGCACUUCGAAGAAUGGAUGAUUAUAUUUAUGACGGCGAUGUGUAUUGGCCAAGGCGAAAUGAAUAGUUGGACAAAAAUGUUUUGUUUUAUUGUGUACAUAGAGACAAAGAAAGAGAAUUCAUUAUUUUUAUCUUCCAAUUUUACAAUAUUCACUGUAGAUACUCAGAAGACUGGGACGCAGUACUCAGAAAACUAAUACUUUUUUGUAUAACUAAAUGAAAUGUACAACAAAUCUGUGUACAAAAUAAAAGCAAGAUUUGUUCCAAAUACCAAUUAAGCAAGUGUCGUUCCAACAAAUUUGGGCCUAAUUCUUAUGAUAAUUGAAACUUGGUUUUAAACCAAAGUUUGGAUGAUUUCAAUCCCCCUAAUUUCCUCAGUGAUUACAUACAACAUCCAAGAUAAAAAGCAUUGAUUGCUUGAUUAUAAAAAAGAAUGAAUUUUGGAUGGUUACUGCCUGGUCGUGGUUACCUUAAAGUAUUGAGUAAAAGCCACUCAUACAAUCAUUGGUACAGUUGAUGUACACAUUAUUUAAUUCUACCAAAAUCAAUAUGUAAUAGUCACCUAGUACACAUUUUCUACUAGAACUGUACACCAAAGUGCACACAAUGAUGUUACUGGGUCAUGUCCUUAAAAGGGAAGUUCACCCUUAAGAAAAGUUUGUUGUAAAAAUAGCAGAAAAUGUUCAAUUUUCCAAGGAAAUUUCAUUGAUUUUUUUUACCAUUCGCUAUGUAGGAAUGCUGCUCGCAUGUGUCGUCACAAAUCAAAUAAUUAAAAUUCUAAUAACUUUUUAAUUCUUUGGAUUUUUCUCACACCUUACGCAAUAUUUUUUAUUAUUUUUUUCUGCUAUUUUAACAAGAAACUUUUUGUCAAGGUGAAUUUCCCCUUUAAUAAUAGUAGUUGAAACUGAGACACCUUUUCCCAUUGCUUAGCAAUAUUUUAUUUGUCACAUUAAAAAGUUAAAUGAAGUUUGUGUGAAAGUUUUGCAUAACUAUUGAGUAUGGGGAGCAAAAGUUUCCAAGUUUCUAUUUCCAAAUUUCAAAUGAGUAAUUUUUGAGUUAGAACUAGAAGUCAUGCUAAACUCUACACAAAACUCAACUGCCGCCAUUUUGUUUUUGUUUAGUCAUGCAAGUGACAAAUCUUAUUCAGUUUUAGUAUGGUUAUAUUAUAAGCUUGUACAGGUGUGUACUGUUUGAGUUUCAUAAGAAGAUUUGUACAGGUUUGAGAUGAUAUGAUUUUAUUUGCUUUAUCAGCUCAAUGCUUUAUACAUUAUAUUGCGCAGGUAUAUUUGGUGGUAUCAGAAAUGUUAGGUCAAUUUCAUACAGAUGAAAAUUAGAGAGAAAGAAGUCUUGGUGCAUUAAGACAAUGUUAUUGUCAUAUUCAUUUUAUAUCAACCUGAUAUACAAGUGGAAGCUUACAUCUUGUUUGUAAUUGACCAGUUUAAAAUGUUGAAUUGAGUAAGCCAAGGUGCAAUGGAUGAAAAUUGUUGUUACACAAGUCAAAACAUGUACUACGUCCAAUUUUUCAGGGAUUCGCUGCUUAAGUAAUUAUUUUGGUUGUGUUUGGAACUUAAUUGCUUUGUUGGAAACACUUAAAAGAGUAUCUUGUGGCCCAUUUGCUCAAAUCGAUUGAGCUAGGUAGGUAAAUGAUAAGGACCUUAUAAAAAGAUUUCUUUUAACUUGUGCAGCGAUUCAGUACUGUAAGAAGUACAGGAUUCGAUUAUGUUGAGGAAAUGGCGUUAACGAGUAAUGUACAUUUAUAUGUAAUAGGAUAAUGGCUGUAAUGUUGUUCAAUAACAUUUAGGUGAAUUCCUUGUGUCUUUGCUAGCAAUGAAUGUCGAUUUGUGAAAAAGUUGUGAUUUUUAUUAUAUCAGAAUGUUUUUUUUUUGGUUUUGUUUCUUAUUCUCACCGGAAUGUGAAGAACUUUGUAUAUAGGAGAAAGAGCUAGCACUGGUUUAUGUACUGGGAGCUAUAAUGCUUUGAUAUAUUAUGCACACUCUUAAUGGAAAGAGCUGUAGAAAGAGAGGGGUGAUGAUGGACAGGUAGUUGUGUUCAUAGAUAUGUUUAUGUGUACAUGGAAGGAGAAAGAAGAUAUUUGAUACAGAAAUAAAAAGCUUUUUUGGUGUAGAAAUUAUAA